AUGAAGAGCUUGAUGUCAAUGAACUCAGUGUGGCAACCGAUGGAGAUUGUCAAGCGUGAACCAAUACCGAAGGAGAAGCACUCGUUUUGGAAUAAGUGCUUGAGAAAGCUCAAAUUGAAGAAACCAAACACGAUGAAGUGCAAUGAGAACUUGAAAUCUGUUUUGAAGAAACCAACGAUGGAAAUUGAAGAAGGGACGGGAUUGAGAAGAUGCAAGUCAUGCAUCAUAUUGGACGCUCCAAAGCUCAAGAAAGAGGAGGAGCGUCCAAAGACUUACCAAAGAGUCACUCGGCCUAAAUCUUCUUGA